AUGCGUGGGCUUUUCACUCUUUCUUUGCUUUCUGCGGCGCUGGGCGCCUCUGCCGGGUUGACUGCGUCGAACCUCGAAACCUAUGUCGAUGUGCUGGCACUCGACAAUUCCUUCAACCCCAUCGAGGCUGCCUACUGGACCAACUUUGCUCAUCACCGUCGCACGCCUUUCGCGGUGUCUCCGAACGGCAAGACGGCCUACCUCGCCUAUCUCGACUCCAGCGGCACCGAUGUCCACGUCACCGAACUGGAUCCCACCACGUUCAAGGCGACCGGCACCUCCGUCACCGUCAGUGCCGGUGGUCUCGUCGCCCACGAUGAUGGCUUUGCCCUGUUGACGAACGAGGCGAUGCCCUCGGGCACCACCAACGCGCCCCCCAGCGACACCCCCGUGCCCGUCCUGCACCGCUACACCAAUGGCAACCAGACGUGGAAGACCUGGCUGGGAGGUCCCGGCGUGCACGCCUCGGACGGUCUGGCCGAGGCAGUGGACAUGAACGGUGAUCUGGUCUACUCGGAAGCGGCUGGCAUGUACGGGGCCUACUUUGUCGUCAGUGACUACACCGGCUCGGCCGCGGGCCAUUACGGCGACAGCAUCGAGUACGUGGCCGCCAAUGGAACGCUGUUGGACAUCAGCGGUGCCUCCAGCUCGUGGGGGUGCAGCCACAACACCGGAAUUGCCUUCGAAGCCGCCGAUGAGCCUCCUUUCGCCAGUAUCUGUGCCGAGGACCAGGGGGCCAUCUGGUUGAACACCAAGACCCAGAGCAUGUACAAUACCGGGGUCAAGAUCUCCAACGAGAACACGACCAACGGCGGCUCGGGGGAGCCCAUGGGUGGUAUGUCCGGCAGUUACAGUGGUCUUGCUCGGUUUGCCGACAGCAGUCGCUACAUCUUCACCUGGGUCUCGCGGGGUGCCAUGGAUGUGACGGAGAACACUUGGAUGGGCGAUGGAUACACCCACGUCACCAACCGCACCAACCCCCGCAACGUCGCCCUGGCCCUCUUCUCCGACAAGUACACCAAGGUGGGUGCCCAAGCCACUUCGACGGUGGGCGCGGAGGAUGGCGACAGCCAAGUGACCUGGGUGACCUCCGGCGCCAACGACUGCUCCAACGCUCACACUGCCACCUUUGGGAACACCUCCGCCCUGAUCACCUGGGAGGAGAUCUCCGACCCCGUGUGCGACUAUAUCGCCAUGGGCUGCGAGGGCAAGUUCGCCGGCACCUACUUCCAGCAGGUGGAUGCCACCGGAAAGAAGGUCGGCGACGCCUUCUCCAGCAGCGAUGUCUACAUUGCCGGUGACAUGGUGACCAUGUCCGAUGAUCGCAUUUGCUGGCCCUAUGUGAGCAUGGAGUGGGAUUUGUCUCUCGUCGUGUACGAGGCCGACUCCUCCAAAUUCACCAAGAAGAUCAGCUUUGCCUGCAUGUCCACGAGUGGUGCCAGUGCCAGCAGCAGCUCCAGCAGCUCCGCCGUCGCCGCUGCUAGCAGCAUCGCCAGUGUCUCUCCCUCUCAGGUGGCGGCGACUUCCAGUGCGGCGGCUGUGUUCGUCGAAACCACCACCGCUGCUGCUGCUGCUGCUGCUGCUGCGGAGACCACAGUUGCCCACACGGCAAUUAUCAGUUCCGUUGCGCCUGUCGCGACAGAAGCCCAGGUCGCCUCUUCCGCUAGCCAGAUUCCCAGCUGGGCCACCGUGGCCGGUCAACGCACUACCUUGAGCACUCAGGGUCAGUCCAAGCCGACUGGGGGCUGGAACGAGGGCAGUGUCCCUAACUGGCAGCCCUGGUCCGAGGAGCAGGAGGGAAGUUGCUCGUACUAG